AUGGUUAUACGCUCUUUUCUUAUGGUUAUUUCAAUACUAAAGUGUAUAGGGCCUCUAUACAAACAUGUUUCCCCCCUAAGACUCGUACCAAGACUCUCUUUUGUCGGAAUACCUAAAAAGACUCUUGCAUUUCCAAUAGCAGAGACUCAAUCAAGGUGGAUACCACACACAUUGUCAAGGAAAGUUUUGUUGCCAUCAGAAGAUGAAAUACUGAAUGAUGUCAACGAAUAUUACCAUGAAUUAGAAGGAAAAGGGAUCCCAGAGCAUCAUAUUCAUACUCUUGGAUUUGAGACGCACUAUAUAGAUUGGAUGGUUGCUCAAUCUGGAAUGGUCAUGGAGAAGCAAGUAAAAGAAAUGACCAAAUAUCUAAUCCAUUGUUUAAUGAUGGCUGGUCUAAAUGGGUAUAUUGAAGCAUUCUUGCAAAAAUAUGGGAUAUGA